CUCUGGAGUUUCAAUUCUUCUAGUAGUGGAACCCUGAGGAAAACUGAUCAGGUCUUUCAUUUUUAAAACAUGACCUGUUUUCAGGAAUUAGUAACAUUCGGGGAUGUGGCCAUAGACUUCUCUCAGCAGGAGUGGGAAUACCUGAACCCUCUUCAGAGGGACUUGUACAGGGAUGUGAUGUUGGAGAACUAUGGGAACCUGGUCUUUCUAGGGCAUUCCACUUCUAAGCCAGAUGUGGUUGACUUAUUGGAGCAAAGAAAAGAGCCCUGGAUGUUUCUAAAGGAAGAAACACAAAGACAAUACACAGAUUGGGGUUUACAAUGCGAGAUAAUCAGCUAUCUAGAAAUGCCCACUUAUGAGAAAGAUGUAUCUUCUACACAACAUCAGAGCAUAUAUAGCAGAGAGAAACUCUAUGAAUGUAAGAAAUGCCAGAAAAAAUUUAGGAGUAGCUACCAAUUAAUUCUACAUCAUAGGUUUCAUGUUGUUGAGAGACCCUAUGAAUGCAAAGAGUGUGGGAAGAACUUCCGCAGCAGCUAUCAACUUAUUCUCCAUCAAAGAUUUCAUACUGGUGAGAAACCUUAUGAAUGUACAUACUGUGAGAAAAACUUUAAAAGUGGUUAUCAACUUACUGUACAUCAGAGAUUUCAUACUGGUGAGAAAACAUACGACUGUAGGGAAUGUGGGAAGGCUUUUAUUUAUUCCUCACACAUUGCCCAACACGAGAGAAUUCACACCGGUGGAAAGCCUUAUGAGUGUCAGCAAUGCGGGAAGGCCUUUAGUCAAGGUGGACACCUAAAAAUUCAUCAGAGAAUUCAUACUGGUGAAAAACCCUAUAAAUGUAAGGAAUGUGGGAAGGCUUUUAGUAGGUGCUCAAACCUUGUUGAACAUAGACAAAUUCAUACUAACAAGAAACCAUAUGUGUGUGAGACAUGUGGAAAGGCCUUUAGAAGAAGUCAUCAGCUUAUUGUACAUCAGAGUGUUCAUACUGGCAAAAAGCCAUAUGAGUGUAAAGAAUGUGGGAAGGGCUAUACCACUGCCUCAUACCUUGUACUACAUCAGAGAAUUCAUAAAGGUGGGAAACCAUAUGAAUGCAWGGAGUGUAAAAAGACUUUUACCUUGUAUAGGAAUCUUACUCGACAUCAGAAUAUUCACACUGGUGAGAAACUGUUUGAAUGUGGGCAAUGUGGAAAGGCCUAUACUACUGGCUCAAAACUUUUUCAACAUCAGAAAACUCAUACUGGUGAGAAACCUUAUGAAUGUAAGGAGUGUGGGAAGGCCUUUAGCUUGUAUGGAUACCUUAAUCAACAUCAGAAAAUUCAUGUUGGUAUGAAACGCUUUGAAUGUAAGGAGUGUAAGAAAACCUUUACCUUAUAUAGAAAUCUUACCCGGCAUCAAAAUAUUCAUUCUGGGAAGAAACUUUUUGUUUGUCAGGAGUGUGGGAGGGCCUACAGUACUCGCUCAAACCUUGUACAACAUCAGAAAACCCACACUGAUGAGAAGCCCUAUGAGUGUAAGGAAUGUGGAAAGACCUUCAGCUUGCAUGGAUAUCUUAAUCAACAUCAGAAAAUCCAUACUGGUGUGAAACCCUAUGAGUGUAAGAUAUGCAGGAAAACCUUUACUUUCUGUAGAAAUCUUACUCUACAUCAGAGUAUUCAUACUGAGGAGAAGCCUUUUGAAUGUAAAGAAUGUGGGAAGACCUUUAGACGUAGUUCACACCUUACUGCACAUCAGAGUAUUCAUGCUGAUAAAAAGCCCUAUGAAUGUAAAGAAUGUGGAAAAGCCUUUAAAAUGUGUGGGUACCUUACACAACAUCAGAAAAUUCACACUGGUAGAAAACCUUAUGAAUGUAAGAAGUGUGGUAAGGCCUUUAGUCGUUCUUCAAACCUUGUUCAACAUGAGAGAAUUCAUACCGGUGAGAAACCCUAUGAAUGUGACAAAUGUGGAAAGGCCUUCACUCGUCAUACAGACCUUAUAGUACAUCAGAGAAUUCAUACUGGUGAGAAGCCCUAUGAGUGUAAGGAAUGUGGAAAGGCCUUCAAUCGUGCAUCUAACCUGUUACAACAUCAGAAAAUUCAUACGGGUGAAAAACCCUAUAAAUGUGAGGAAUGUGGGAUGACCKUUAGUCGUAAYAUAGACCUUAAAGUUCAUCAGAGAAUACAUACAGGUGAGAAACCCUAUCAAUGUGAAGAGUGUGGGAAGGCCUUUGGUCGUGCUUCCUACCUGACUCAACAUGGAAAAAUUCACACUGGUGAGAAAUCCUAUGUGUGUCAUGAAUGUGGAAAGGCCUUUAGUAAAGGUGGAAAACUUAAAAUUCAUCAGAGAAUUCAUACUGGUGAGAAGCCCUAUGAAUGUAAGGCAUGUGGGAAGACCUUUAGUCAAGCUUCUCACCUUGUGCAACAUGACAGAAUUCAUACUGGUGAAAAACCCUAUGAAUGUCUUGAAUGUGGGAUGACCUUUAGUCGCAGUAUAGAUCUUAGAGUACAUCACAGAAUUCACACUGGUGAGAAACCCUGUAAAUGUAAAGAAUGUGGGAAGGCCUUUAGUUGUGCCUCAAAUCUUGUUCAACAUGAGACAAUUCAUACAGGCAAGAAGCCCUAUGAAUGUGAAAAAUGUGGGAUGACAUUUAGUCGUAUCUAUCAACUCAUUCCACAUCAGAGAAUGCACACUGGUGUGAAACCCUAUGAAUGUAAUGAAUGUGGGAAGGCCUUCACUCGUGCCUCAGCACUAAUUCAACAUGAGAGAAUGCAUACUGGUGAGAAACCCUAYAAAUGUCAAGAAUGUGGGAAGGCCUUUAUUCAUGGUGGUAGCCUUAGGACACAUCAAAAAAUUCAUACCGGUGAAAAACCCUACAUCUGUAAAGAAUGUGGGAAGGCCUUUGGUCGUACCUCAGACCUUGUUAGACAUGAGAGAAUUCAUACUGGUGAGAAACCAUAUAAAUGUAAGGACUGUUGUAAGGCCUUUAGUCAUAUUGAAAGCCUUAGAAUGCAUCAUAAACUUCAUACUGGUGAGAAACCCUAUGAAUGUAAAGAGUGUGGGAAAGCCUUUAAGAGUGGCCAUCAACUUACUGUACAUCAGAGAAUUCAUAGUGGUGAGAAACCCUAUGAAUGUAAGGAAUGUGGGAAGGCCUUUACUGUCUGUGGACGACUUACUCGACAUCAGAGUAUUCACAGUGAUGAGAAGCCUUUUGAAUGUAAUAAAUGUGGGAAAUCCUUUAGACUUAGGUCAAGUCUUAAAGUACAUCAAAGAAUUCAUAACUAGAAAAAAACUUUAUGGAUGAAAGUUUUAUAKAAAUGCACAUAUAUGCAGUGGGCAGUGUGUAGUGUAUCAGUGUAUUCAUAGCAAACAAUUUGAAAAGAAUGUGGCACAGGCCUGUAAUCCCAGGAGCUUGGGAGGCUGAGGCAGGAGGAU